AUGAUGGCGAGCUUCAUGAGCUACUUUGGUGGCCGCCGCGACACUAAGCAGGCCGCCCGUGACGCCAUCGUCGGUCUCAGACAGCAGCUGCAGCUGAUCGAGAAGAAGGAAGAGCACCUCCAACGCAAGGUCGAGGAGGAGCUCAAGAAAGCACGCGCCAAUGCUGUCUCAAAUAAGCCAUUGGCCACGCAGGCGCUGCGGCGGAAGAAGGCGCACGAGACCGAGAUCGACCGCCUCGCGGGCACGCGGCUGCAGCUGGAGAUGCAGAUAAACACGCUUGAAUCCGCCAACCUCAAUGCGGAGACGAUGGCCGCCAUGAAGAAGGCGUCGGACGCGCUUGGGGUUAUCCACCGCGGCAUGGACACGGCAAAGGUCGAGGAUACCAUGGCCCAGAUCCACGAGCAGAGAGAAAUCGCGAACGAGAUAGCGGACGCGAUAUCGAACCCUAUGAACGGCAACGAGCUAGACGAGGACGAGCUCAACAGAGAACUUGGCGACCUCGAACAGGAGGUGCUAGACGAGCGGCUCGCUGGCGCAGAUCACGUACCGUUGCAUAUUCCCCCAGGCGCCGUCAAAGAGACUCCUCAACCUGUCGCAGAGGAAGAUGAAGAGGCAGAGCUCAAGCGGCUACAAGCAGAACUUGCCAUGUAA